AUGGCUGCAGUUGACACCGCAACCCCAGCUACGAUUGAGAUUAACGACGCCAUCUUCUGCACUCAUUUGAAAGAAGUCUGUGAAGAAUGCAACUUUGAUGGCAGAGAGGAGAACGAUUCGUUCUUCGGGUUCGACACCAUUGAUCGCGAAGGCCUCGAGUGCCCUCCAGCCACCCAGACCAAGGACGGCACUUACCAGUGCAAGAAGCAUGGAUCUACCUCCUGCAGCCAGUGCUACGGCUGGAAGAAACAAAUUACCAGAGCCCGUACCCAGGCUAAGAAAGCCGGGAAGAAGUAA